CUGACCGUUACUCCAACAACAUCUGAAUUAACAAUACUAGCUUGUCGCUUUCCUGACCAACUUUGACCAAGUCACCACUCCAUCGAAAUGGACGUCUCAUGCGGCUUCACAUUUUCGGUUAAGCGUGUCAGUGACCCACAUACUCGGAACAUUCUGUGGUCUUUGGCAGGAACCAUUGCGGCUACCGUCAUUAUCUUCGCAAGCUUGGGCUCGAUUCAAAACCAGUGCCGCUUCGAGGACCCUUCGCUCCUUUCCGGGAUCUCAGGUUUUUCCGGAGCUGUGCUUGGCUGCAAGAAGCUUUACCGCUACUACUGGUUCAUCACGGUGCUGAGCUUCCUCACCGCCGUCUAUGGCGCAUGGACCGCUGCACAUGGCUUUUUGGCUGGCCGUCGCGGCGCUGUGCUGGGACUUCUCGUCGUCGCCAAUCUACUCACUAUUAACAUGACCGAUGCCUUCCUUUCUAUCGUCGACGUUCCCAAGUGGCAGAGCGGUCCUGCUCGCGAUCGCGUGCGCACUAUGAUCGCCGGCUGCAUCAUCACCGCAUUCUUCCAGGCAGUUUCCAUCAUCCUUGUUGGUUAUGACCCGAGCGCUGUUGCCCCGGUUGCUAAGUCAGCGCCCAAGGAAGCCUCCAAGGACGAGACUCCCGCUGUCGAGCUUGCUACAGCUGUCCCGACGGCCGCCCAGCCCGCCGAGGCUGCGGCUGAGCCAGCCGUUACUGCCGACGUGGAAGCCCCGGCAGCCCCCGCAGCUGAGGAGCCACAGUCUGCCGUUGCGGUUGAGGGUGGUCUCAGGAUGGACGUUGGUAACGGCAGCAACGCGGCCACCGUUGCCGCCAUCGCGACAAGCGGCGCUGUCAGAAGUAUGGGACAAGCACCAACGGUAGCUCCAGCGGGUGCUCCUGCUGCGGAUGUCGCGGCGAACCUCCUGCCCGCCGAACGCGAUAUCCGGGAAGCAAAGAGGCGGUUGCAGGAGGCUGAAACCCUGCUGUCUAAGUUCCCUCUGUACCGGGCUAAUGACUAUGCGGUUGAGGAGUCCGACCUGCGGCGGUCGCUGAUCCUCAACACCACUGACAGCCAGUUCCGCUGGGAUAAGGCCUUCUCCUGGUUGUUGUCGCUGGUCAUUGGAGUGCUCAACGGGAUCGUCGGCUUCCUUUUCAACCAGGGCAUCAACUGGCUCAACCGCGCCAAGUUCGAGACCACCCUGCGGGUGAUUCAGUCCCGCGAGACCACCGGCAUUGCCAGCUACCUCGUCUAUCUGUCCUUCUCUCUGCUCUACGCGCUGGUGGGGGCUUUGCUGGGCAGUUACGUGAGCCCGCAAGCAGCCGGCAGUGGCAUUCCGGAGAUCCGCUGCUACCUAAAUGGCAUUCACGUGCCCGGACUGCUGACCGUGCGGACUUUCCUCGCCAAAUCGUUCGGUGUGGUGCUCUCCGUGGCCUCCGGGUUGAUCGUGGGGAAGGAAGGUCCCUUCACCCACGUGGGCGCCAUCAUCGGCGGCGGAGUGGGUCACCUGGGGUCCACCUCCCUCACCCGGGCGACCAAGGGGCAUCUGCGGGCGGUGCUACACACGCGUUUCGGUCGCUACUUCAAGUCGGCGGUUAGCCACAGAGACUACGUGGCUGCGGGCGCGGCUUCAGGAGUGGCGUCGGCAUUCGCGGCUCCUAUCGGCGGUAUCUUGUUCAGCGUCGAGCAGGGCGCAUCUUACUACAACUUCAACAUGCUCAGCCACGCGUUCCUGUCCGCGGGCAUCGCCGUGUACGUGAACGCGCUGCUCCAGGCGGCUUUCAGCCAGGGCUCCUCGCUAUACAAGACCGCCAUGACCGCCAAACAGGCCUUCGUGCUGCUCAGCCAAGUGCCGGAAAAUACCCGUCUGUGGUAUUAUUCCUGGGAGAUCCCUAUUUUCGCCCUCGUGGGGCUCCUGGGUGGGCUGCUAGGGGCCGCCAUGGUGGUGCUUAACAACGCCGUCACGCGCCUCCGCCGCCGCUUCAUCCCGCCCACCAAGCCCGCGCGCCGCAUCACGGAGGUCCUGCUGCUCGCGGCGCUCACAGCCAGCGCCUGGUUCCUGGCGUCCUACCUGUCACCCUGCGCGCAGUACCCGCCCAAGCACCUGCUCCUCAACAACCAGGGCAACGUCACCGGCCUAGGCGACCCCGUCGUGCCGUUCGGAGGCUACUAUCCUCAGGCAGGGAGUUGUUGGCGAGCCCUAAUGCUCCCUAACGGCGCCUCCUUCAUCUACAACAUCGGCGCGCUGGUCUGUUUGUUCGCCCUGGGCUGGUUGUUUAUGUCGGUCACCUUCGGCAUCGGCGCCGUGACGGGUCUCUUCGUGCCGUCUCUGCUUGUCGGCGGUCUCGGCGCGUAUGCCAUCGUUGGAGCCGGCAGCGUGCUGGGCGGUGUGAGUCGCAUGUUGCUGUGUAACACCGUCUUGGUGAUGGAGACUGCGGCUGCCACCUCGCUCAUCAUGCCGCUCAUCGUCGCCACCUUCAUUGCAAAGGCCGUUGCCGACCUGCUCACCCCCGUCGGCAUAUUCGACCUCGCCAUCCAGCGCGCCGGCUACCCCUACCUGGAGUCGGAGCUAACCAACCUAACCGACACCAAACUGCAACACGCGCUGACGGCGGGCGACGUGAUGAGCCGCCAGAUUGCCGCACUGCCUGCCGUACUCCCCCCGCCCAGCAGGAUGACCUUUCUGUCGGCCUUCGCCGGGGGAGUGGUGGCCGCGGCCGCGGCCAUGCCUGGAGCGCUUUCUUCGGAGGUUCUCCGGGUCAUGGGCGGCGGCGGAAACAAGUCGCCGGGGUUAGGGUGGAAUAGCGGUGGACGGUCGGGGGGCGGUUUGAAGACGGGUGGCGCGGGUGCUCCUUGCCGGCGGACAGCGUCGGCGCCGUCGCCGCUGGCAUUGCCGCCGCUGGCGGCGUCGAGGGCGGAGCACACGGGAAAUACGGCAGGGAUGGCGUCGGCGUGCAGUGGCGAAGGUGACGUUGCCACCAGCAACGUGAACAGCGGCGGCCAUGCCGCCGUCACCGCCGCCUCAGUCGUUGAACUGCAGCCGUCGGCUUCACCAGCCGACCAAAUGCCGGCGGAGCUCGGCGGCGGGGGCGGCGGCGGCGUCAUGAUCGGUAUCAUUAGCCGCAGCGUCUUGUUGAAGCUUCUAGAGAUGCAGUUAGAGCUGAACACCAGGACGUGGCGGGCGCUGUCCAGCACCUCGGCUAAUGGCGGUAGCAAGGGCGCCGGCAGCUGCAGCGGCCCCGCGGGCGGCCCCUCCUGGCUGACUGGCCGCCGCGCCGCCAUGAGCAGGGAGCGAGCCGAGCGCCUGAUGGAUGCUCUGGACAAUUACCCUGCCAAGGCCCCUAGUGACCGAGCCGGCGAGGAGGCGCUGUUCGCGCGGUUGGGUCCGGGAGACAUGGCCACGUACUUGGACCUGCGGCAUUACAUGCAGCGUGUACCGUACAUCGUUCCCGCCACUGCCUCCCUGGCGCGUACCUACCAGCUGUUCCGCGGUCUUGGUCUGCACCACAUCUUCGUGACGGCGCCCAACAUCCCCAUCAUCGGCCUUGUCACCCGCACCGACGUCACAACCGCCAACGCCUACAAGGCGGCAUACGACCUGGCGAAGAGGGAGCAGGCGCAGCUGCAAGCAACGCUGGCGCGGACGACGGAGCCGGGGGAGGGGCGGCCUGGCGGCGGCGGCGGCGGCGGCGGCGCAGGCGAUCACGCCGACGGCGGCGACGAGCGGGGCUGCGGCGGCAGAAUCACACCGUCCACCGCGGUGGAUCAGCAGCCGGGGGCCCCUUCGACCGCGAACCAGAUCCCCUACUGGGCCUCUUUAGAGGAUGGAUUGGGGGCUGGGGCUGUUGAGCGCCGGCCACCGGCUGGGGGCCUACCGCUCACGCAGCAGCUGCAGCAGUCGAAGGAGCCGCAGCGGUCGCAGUGGCGGCGGAGGAGCUUGGGCGGAUCCCGCGAGGAUGGGAUCACCUCACUGGCUCCGUACAUUGAUGAGCGGAAUAUCGCCGGGGCCAUGGCCGCCGGCGGUCGAGCAGGUCAUCUGUACGGCAGCAGCGGCGAUGUGCCGCUGCCGUCGGGUCCCCGUCAGGAGUCGCAGCUGGGUCCAGUUCGGGCACUGUCGCCCGAGACAGGCGGCAGCAUUGGCGUGGCCACCCUCUCCCGCGAUCUGCGCCUCUCCAGCGACGGCAGGGAUUCAGCGGUUGCGGCGGCGCCUGCGCUGACGGCACCACUCGACCAGCAGCGGCAGCAGCGGCGUUACAGUGAACGCAGCUGCCUCCACCAGGGCGUCAGCCUUGGCAGCACUGGUAGCGGUCGCGCUGCCGCAGAGGCGCCGUCGCCAGGCAGCGCAGAUGGGCAGCAACACGCCUCGGAAGGAGAGACCUCCCAACCUGCAGCGUCACUGGCGGCCGAUGGCCACGGCGGCGACGGCCCGAAGGGCAGCCGGCGGGACCCGGCGGCCCACGGCCGGGGGCCCGAUGGCGGCGCGGGGAUGGCCAGCGGUGCGGCCGCCCUUGUUGCCGUGGGUGAAAGCCAGGGAGGCCGUAGACCCCUAUUCCCCAGGGUACUUACCGAAGCAGAUGCAGGCGAGGUCCUACCGGGUACCGGAGGCAGAAGCAGUUCGCCAGCAGGCCAGCAGAGGCUAAGGCGGCGGUUCCGUAGUGGACAGAGGGAGAGCUCCGGGGACAUGGAUGCGGGGGCAGCGACGGUGGGCACGCCGUGCGACACGACACUGGCGCCAGUGUACGGACAGCCCUGGCCUGUGGCGGCGCCCUUCACCGCACUGGUGUACGGCGCAAGCGGCGUAGGCGGCGUUUCACGCAGGGCGACGACGCCGGCGGCGUGCGGUGCGACGGGCGCCGCAGCGGCUGCAGCAGCGGCUGCAGCAGCAGCACCAGAGGCUGCUGGCCUAACUCGCCGCCCCAUGUCGGGUACCAUUAGCAGGGGGUUGGCGGGCCGCAUCGUCAACCGACUUGUUGGCAAUGGGUCUGUAAGGACCGACAUGGCCUCGGGGGAUGUAGAGUCUCCCCGCCAGCCCACUGUCUCUGUACAGCAGGCCGCUUUCGUACCUCACGGCGGCGCCCCGCCAGGUCAGCUCACCCGUACCUCGGUGUCCAUGGCAUUGGGGCGGUCGUCCGGUGUGGUGAGCACGGCGCGCCACAGCGAGCGGGGUUUGAUGGAACAAAGCCCGCCGCCGCUGCAAGACGUCGGAGCUGCUGCGCCGGCGAACAUAGACGAAGAGCAGCUGCAGUCGCAGCUGCUGCUGAACCAGCCGCUGCUGCUGCAAAUGUCCGGGGAAGACCCCGCCGGCGAUGACCCGUCGGAGUGGCCGGCAGUGGCGGCGCCGGCGCCACCGGUGGAAGCGCUGCUGGCUGCCACGUUUCUGCCUUCGCCGCCGCCACCGCAGCUGCAGCAACACCUGCCGCCGUCAACCCAGCCGGAACAGCAGCCGCUGCCAUCGCCACAGCUGCCACCGCCGUCACUCCCCAGCUGA